GACUCGGCUCGCGCCGACCAGCAACAAAGGUUUAGUUUAUAAUUCAAUGAGGAGUGCACCCCAAGCUCGCUAGGAACCUUAAAGUGAUGCAUGACAAAGCGAGCGGCAUGUUUUGCGGCGUGGUCGAGGAGAGCUGCGUGCUGAGCGAGAGCGCGUCCAGCUGCGACUCCGGAGUGACGCGCUCACCCGUCGACACCCGCGCCGUCCCGCGCUCCCACCCCCUGGCGCACCAACCCCAUGUAGCGACACACUCUCACGCAAGGCGGAGGCUUUUUGACGACGAAUUUGGCUACAUUUUCCAAGAUCCACUUGAACCCAUAAAGAGCUUCGAGGACGAGCUCCUCCCUGGAGUGGACACGUCAACCCCCAUCAAGUUGAAAGAGAAAAAAUCGAAGGAUCGAAACGAACCGAAAAGAAAAUAUGCGAACGGAAAAAACAGAGUUACGAGAUGCAAGAGCCCGUCGCAAAUAAUGCGAAUCAAAAGAAACCGACGAAUGAAAGCGAACGACCGCGAGCGCAACAGGAUGCACAUGCUGAACGAGGCGCUGGACCGGCUGCGCGCCGCGCUGCCCGCCUUCCCCGAGGACACGAAGCUCACAAAGAUAGAGACGCUGCGGUUCGCGCAUAAUUACAUCUGCGCCCUCGGGCGCACGCUGCACGCGUUGAACGGCGGCGCCCAGCGGGAGACCCACACGGGCUACGCGCCGUCUGAUAAGCUACAUAAAGAUGCUUUUAGAGAAAUAUUUCUGUUAGCCAAUAAGAGCGAGGACUACACCGAGGACGGCGACUAUAGAAGUUUCCAGGGGUUCAGCAAGCCGUUCCCUGACGGAUCUAAUUUUUUACGGACCUCAGAAGGCGUGCUGAUCAACGUGGGCAACGUGACAGUAUCGGUGAACAACGCGGGCGGCAACUGCAUCGCCUCCGCGACGGGCAGUGGCUUUUUCCCCGCGCCGGGUGACGUCACCUGCGGCAACCUCGACGACAGCGGCUACCAAUACUCUGCCCCUCACGAAUCUGAGGAGUAUUUUAAUCAGAAAAACUAUGAAAUAUUUAAAACUGCCUUUGAGACUGCCGCAAACCAUUCAAAUAUAACGAACCCCGAGGCGGGGCAUGGCGCGCCGGGGUGGUCGGGAGCGGGCGCGCACCUUGCCGCUCACUGCGCGCAUAACUUUUACUGCAACGAACAGAGAUAUUAUGGAAAUUAUUACAGGAAUAAUGUUAUUAACGCUCAAAUUUGAUGAUAUGACCAAGUAGGUUGUGAAAUGCACUAGUCGCCUUAUGUAUAAACUAUUUUAGAGUGUUUACACUUUUAGUAAAUAAGUAGAAAACUUGACAAUAAGAUAGUACAAAGUGCCGACAUCGUUACAAUUACCAAAGUCUA